AUGACAUUACAUGACGAGAAUGAUGGCCUCUUUAUACAUGUUGACCCGGACACAGAUAAUACCCAAGAUGAGCCCGACCAGAUCCCGCAGGCCCAGGAAGCCUCCCUCCAAGCAUCUCAGCACCAUUCCCUGAAGCACCAUCUUCUUGGUCCUUCCUUGACCAAAGCCGGACAGGAUGCGGUCGAUCAGAAAAGGGUCUCUGAAAUCAUAUAUGAGGCCUCCAAAGGCUCCAAGUUCUUCAACAACGAAGAAGUCAAGGACAAGAACUUGACUCUAAAGAUUGAGCGGAUUCUCAGACAAAAGGCACAAUUGGAGAAGCUGGACCUCAAGACGGACCUGCGCCGGGCAGAUGACUACAUUGCAGCCCUCGAACUAGCCAGAGACUUAUCACAGUAUGUUGUUCACAUUGAUUGCGAUGCCUUCUACGCCGCUGUCGAAGAAAUUGAUCGACCUGAGCUCAAGACGGUGCCCAUGGCUGUGGGGAUGGGUGUCCUUACCACAUGUAACUACGAAGCUCGGAAGUAUGGUUGUCGCAGUGCCAUGGCAGGAUUUGUGGCGAAGAAACUCUGCCCUCAGCUGGUCUGUCUACCAUUGAACUUUGACAAAUACACAGCCAAGGCAAAAGAGGUGAGAGCCAUUCUCGCAGAAUACGACCCGCGUUUUGAGAGCUCCAGCAUCGACGAAGCCUACAUGAACAUCACCGAGUACUGCAAUACUCACCAGAUGGGACCGGAAGCUGCAGUUGAGCAACUCCGGAAGGAGGUGCACGAGAAGUGCAAGAUCACAAUCUCAGCCGGUAUUGCGCCCAAUGCGAAAUUGGCCAAGAUCUGUUCCAAUAAGAAUAAACCCAAUGGGCAAUUUCGAAUACCAAACGAUCGAGCUGCUGUCAUGUCGUUCAUGUCUAAACUCGCGGUGCGCAAAGUCAACGGUGUUGGUCGUGUCUUUGAGCGAGAGCUCGACGCCAUUGGCGUUAGGACAUGCGGCGACAUCUACGUUCAGCGGGCAUACCUUUACAAGCUCUUUGGAGAGAAGGCGUUCCAGUUCCUGAUGCAAACCUAUUUGGGCCUUGGACGCACGGUCGUACAGCCCGCUGAGGAGUAUGAGCGAAAGAGUGUCGGGACAGAAAGUACAUUCCGCGACAUCAGCAACAAGCAAGAACUUCGCGAAAAGCUUCGCCACACAGCAGAGGAACUAGCUAAAGAUAUGGUCCGCGUCGAGGUCAAAGGCCGGACCCUGGUCCUGAAGGUCAAACUACACACUUACGAAGUCUUCACACGACAAGUGGCUACUCCAAAGGCAGUCCACCUUGCAGAUGAUCUGUACAACUACAGCCUACCGAUGUUGGCCAAACUCGAGAAGGAGAUCCCAGACUUCCGGCUCCGCUUGAUGGGACUACGUUGCACCCACCUUGUCAGCACCAAGAAAGCGGGCACUGAUUUCUUCCGCCGCAAAUCAAACAACGACAACUCCUGUGCUGAGAAGCCAGCGGAUGAUGCAGGAUGGGAAGUUUGGCCGGACUCAGAGUUCGAAGAAGCAGCACGUCAGGAGAGACAAGAGGAAAUUGAAGAACUAGAGCGUCUAAGUCAGGAGCAGCAGCAGGAUCUUACGGCCAACCAAGAUCCGAAUAUCCUUUCAUCGGGUGUCUACGUCUCCACGGCAGAUUGGCACGAACCCUUUGGCAAGUACAAGUAUGGCAGCGAGCCGAACUCGCCGGUUGCAUCACCACAAAGCAAGCAUGGACGGGUGUUGAAUAAAGCUGCUGCAUCGGCCUCGAAAGGAGAGCACAAGCAAGAAGCACUGUGGGACUGUCCAAUCUGCCAACUCCCGCAGCCAGCAAACGACAGAGACUUUAACAGCCACAUCGAUCUGUGUCUCUCGCGGCAGACGAUCAAAGAGGUCGUGGCAGAGGCAAACGGAUCGGCUGUCGUAGCCUCUAGCAGAGCAUCGCCUGAUGUACCUGUGCUAGAUCGGCCGAAGUCUGUCAAUGGAACGAAGUCCAAGAGAAAAGCCCCCUCCAGCAAUCUGAUAGAGCCGGAUGUGGCUGGCGGGAGAAGGCAGAAGAGACUCUUUUUCACAUGA